AAGCAGCACCUGUUCUGAGCAUUGGUUCAGUUUAACUCUUUAGUCCUCCCAUUAAAAAAAAAACAAAAACCAAGCCAGCCCUAGUUGGACAUGUGUUUCCUGCUGCUUUGGCUUCAUAACCACCAAAGCAUGGAGCAGAGGCGAUAGCAAUGCACAGGAAGCUGGGAGGUUGGCGGAGUUCCUAAAAGCCCAAGAUGGGUGACUGGGGUUUCCUGGAGAAGCUGCUGGAUCAGGUCCAGGAACAUUCGACGGUCAUUGGCAAGAUCUGGUUGACGGUCCUCUUCAUCUUCCGCAUCUUGAUCCUGGGCCUCGCUGGGGAGUCCGUCUGGGGGGACGAGCAGUCGGACUUUGUCUGCAACACCAAGCAACCCGGCUGCACCAACGUCUGCUACGACAAGGCCUUCCCCAUCUCCCACGUCCGCUACUGGGUGCUGCAGUUCCUCUUUGUCAGCACGCCCACCUUGGUCUAUCUGGGCCACGUCAUCUACAUCCACCGGCAAGAGGAGAAGCUGAAGGAACGGGAGAACGAACUCCGGGCGCUCCAGUCCAAGGAUUACAACGUGACGUCCACCUUGAUGGCGGUCGAAAAGAAGAUGGCCAAGAUCUGUGUGGCGGAGGACGGGCGGAUCAAAAUCCGCGGCCCGCUGAUGUGGACCUACAUCAUCAGCGUGGUCUUCAAGUCCACCUUUGAGGCUGGCUUCAUCCUCGGACAGUGGUACCUGUACGGUUUUGUCAUGAGGCCUCUCUAUGUCUGCGAAGCCUCCCCUUGCCCACACAAGGUGGACUGCUUCAUGUCCCGCCCCACCGAGAAGACCAUCUUCAUCCUCUUCAUGCUGGUGGUGGCCUUGAUCUCCCUCGCCCUCAACCUUCUGGAGCUCUUCCAUCUCUGUUGCAAGAGCCUCCUCAACAGCGUCAAAGAAAGCAACUGCUGCUCUCCUUCGUCCGCUCCCCCCAUGCCCUGCGACGGCAACAAUUUCCCCACCAAACUUUGCGAGAUGUCGGCCGGGCCUUAUCCAGACAAGUCCUACUUCUACCUCCCGAUGACCGAGAGGCAUUCCCAGCACUACCAGGCUUACAACAAGCUUUCCAAUGAGCAGAACUGGGCCAACUUCAACACCGAGGAAACCUUGGCUUUACGAGACCACAAUAAGCCGCCGGAUGUCUUUGCGGCCGAAGCUCCGAAGUCCUCGCUCUCUCAGGAAAAACAGUCCAGCCGGCCUAGCAGCAGUGCCUCCAAGAAACAAUAUGUCUAAUGAAAAGUAAUAAAAAUCCAAGGUAAUAGAAGAUUGCGAAGCCAAGUCUCUUUUGAUAGGCUUCUUUAGUGUUGGGUUGCCUCAAUCUGGUUCAUUCCUGCUUAAGAGGCCAUGUCUUGUUGUUUGGUGCUACGUUGUCUCAACCACGUUAUCCUGCUGUGCGGGUGGAAGCCAUGGCUUCCUAGUGGACACUGACUGAAUUUGUUACGGAAAAAUAGGUAUGGAUCCAGCAUUUUCCAAGUCGAUGGCAUAGCUAGUUAGUAGCCAUUCGAUGAUGACUUAGGUUGGAUGCUAUGUGUUGAGACCUGUUCUUCGAUGUCUUUUUUCUGGAUAUGAGGACAUGUCUGGUCGAAGGAGACAUUAAGAGACCUCUUGACACUUGAGAUGGAGCAGAAGAUGGUUUCAGCUCUCACACGGCAACAUGUAAGUUUAGAAGGAGAAUACACUCAACGCAGAAGACAUCUGAUGUGACUUCUAUUUAUGGAUGGCCGUGUGAAUUAAUUGGAGGUCUACCUCUCUCCCUCACCUCCAGGAAAUCCAAGCAGCUUAGAAAUAUAAAACCAUCUGCAAUAUAUUAGACUGGGAGGAAGAGUAAUCUAAAAACAGAUUUCCUGUUCCAGACAAACACUUGAGGAAAUAUUAGCUGCAGCUGAAGUGAACUUAUCAAGAGCUCAUCCUCACCUAAGUGUAAAACAAAGUCUCCUUGAUAUGGCAUGACUCCUUGGAGUAGUCUUAAAUGUCUCACUGGAGGACUGGGUGUGCUAUCAUGGGGUUGUAAACACUUUUUUAUUUGUCUUCACUGUAUGGUGUAUCUGGGUUAGGUUGUCUUUCUUCUGACACAUUCACUGUUGGUACACAAUCCAGUGCUUGAUCUGAAAAAUAUUAUUUUUCUUCAACGCUGUAAGGUUUUAUUUAAAGAUAUGCAGUGAAAAUCCUUAAGUUGUCCUCCUCAGCUUGUGUGCCUACCUAUACCUCCUCUUUUCUCUCCCACAAAAAACAGAUUGUUGGUCUGAGACCCAUAAAUAUGUGUCCCAGAUCUGUGCAACUCUGGCGUUCUAGAUACUUGCAACUUCCAUACUCCUCAUCACUGACUGUGCUAGAUAGGACAGUUGGGACUUAUAGUUCAUAACUAUCUAGAGUAGGGUUUCUCAGCCUUUGGUCCUCCAACAGUUUUAUCCCAGCAUGGCCAAUGAUGAAGUCCAAAAGAUCUGGAAGACCCAAGUUGGGAGCUCCUGAUCUGGAGGUCCACAUCUGGCAUUCUAGAUACUUGCAACUUCCAUACUCCUCAUCACUGGCUUUGCUAGAUAGGACAGUUGGGACUUAUAGUCCAUAACUAUCUAGAGUAGGGUUUCUCAGCCUUUGGUCCUCCAGCAGUUUUAUCCCAGCAUGGCCAAUGAUGAAGUUCAAAAGAUCUGGAAGACCCAAGUUGGGAGCUCCUGAUCUGGAGGUCCACAAGUUGUCCAUCCCUGCUAUAGACACAAAUCUCAUCCAUCUUAUCUCCUCAUCCAUGGUAGAUCACAGGACUGUUGAGGACCAUGUUUAUCCUGUUUCCAUUUCAAUGCAUACUCCUCUCCUGAAACAGACAGGAAAACCACUGGCCCACAAAAAUCUCUCCCACAAAAAUCAGGUUGUUGGUCUGAGACCCAUAAACAUGUGUACCAGAUCUGUGCAACUCUGGCAUUCUAGAUACUUGCAACUUCCAUACUCCUCAUCACUGACUUUGCUAGAUGGGACGGUUGGGACUUAUAGUCCAUAACUAUCUAGAGUAGGGUUUCUCAACCUUUGAUCCUGGAACAGUUUUAUUUAUCUGGAAGCCUUUCCCAGCAUGGCCAAUGAUGAAGUCCAAAGAUCUGGAAGACCCAAGUUGGGAGCUCCUGAUCUGGAGGUCCACAAGUUGUCCAUCUCAUCCUCCUUAUCUCCUCAAGCAUUUGUCAUCCAUGGCAGAUCACAGGACUGUUGAGGAUCACAGAUCACAGGACUGUUGAGGACCAUGUUUAUCCUAUUUCCAUUUCAAUGCAUAGUCCUCUCCUGAAACAGAUAGGACAACCACUGGCCCCAUUACAUACUCUGUUGCCCAGACCCUAUAAGACACAAUGUAACAUUAAAUAUACAUGUUAUGUAUAUGAACCUUUAUGUAUGGUUGUAUUGGCCAAGCUCUAUCCUGGCUACCUUGUGGUCUGUCGUCGUCUUUAUGUUAAUUUAUUGUGAUAAAUUUGCAUAGUCUGCAAACAGAA